ACAACCGAGAAGAACCGAACGAGGAGGCCGGGCCGGCGGGAGAGGCCGAGCGGGUCAGUGAGCGAGCUCUUUAAGAUCCGGGAUGCCCUACAAGCUGAAGAAAGAGAAGGAGCCUCCAAAGUCAACUAAAAGCACUACAAAAGCCAGUAGCGGCGGUGGUGGCAGCAGCGGCGGCGGCGGCAGUAGUGGAAAGGAUGGCGGCACAGAGAAUUCAGAAGAGGUCCAGCAGCAGCAGCAGCAGCAGCAGCAGCAACAGCAGCAGCAGCAGCAGCAGCAGCAACAGCAGACCUCAAAUAAGCGUCCCAGCAACAGUACCCCUCCGCCAACGCAGCUGAAUAAGAUCAAGUAUUCAGGGGGACCCCAGAUUGUAAAGAAGGAGAGACGGCAGAGCUCCUCCCGUUUCAACUUAAGCAAAAACCGGGAGCUGCAAAAGCUCCCUGCCCUUAAAGAUGCGCCUCCUCACGAACGGGAAGAGCUGUUCAUACAGAAGCUGCGGCAGUGCUGCGUCCUCUUUGACUUUGUUUCUGACCCGCUCAGUGACUUGAAAUUCAAAGAGGUGAAGCGAGCGGGUCUCAAUGAAAUGGUGGAGUACAUCACACACAACCGGGACGUGGUCACAGAGGCCAUUUACCCCGAAGCCGUGAUCAUGUUUUCAGUGAACCUCUUCCGGACGCUUCCCCCGUCGUCCAAUCCCACGGGAGCGGAGUUUGAUCCUGAGGAAGAUGAACCAACGCUAGAAGCUGCUUGGCCACACCUUCAGCUGGUAUAUGAAUUCUUUCUGAGGUUCCUGGAGUCACCAGACUUCCAACCAAACGUAGCCAAGAAAUAUAUUGACCAGAAGUUUGUAUUGUCAUUGCUGGACCUGUUUGACAGUGAAGAUCCCAGAGAACGGGACUUUCUGAAGACCAUUUUGCAUAGGAUUUAUGGGAAGUUCUUGGGCCUCCGAGCAUAUAUACGGCGGCAGAUCAACAACAUAUUUUACAGGUUUAUCUAUGAGACAGAGCACCAUAAUGGGAUUGCAGAACUGUUAGAGAUUUUAGGGAGUAUAAUCAAUGGAUUUGCUUUGCCCCUGAAGGAAGAGCACAAGAUGUUCCUCAUCCGGGUCUUGCUGCCAUUACACAAAGUGAAAUCAUUGAGCGUCUAUCACCCCCAGUUGGCGUAUUGUGUGGUGCAGUUCUUGGAGAAAGACAGCAGCCUGACUGAACCGGUGAUUGUGGGCUUGCUGAAGUUUUGGCCAAAAACACACAGUCCCAAGGAGGUUAUGUUCCUGAAUGAGCUGGAAGAAAUAAUGGAUGUCAUUGAGCCCUCUGAGUUCGUGAAGGUUAUGGAACCUCUCUUCAGGCAGCUGGCCAAGUGUGUCUCCAGCCCGCACUUUCAGGUGGCAGAGAGGGCAUUGUAUUAUUGGAACAAUGAAUACAUCAUGAGUUUGAUCAGUGACAAUGCAGCCAAAAUACUCCCUAUCAUGUUUCCUGCGCUCUACAAGAAUUCCAAAAGUCAUUGGAACAAGACAAUCCAUGGGUUGAUCUACAAUGCACUGAAGCUGUUCAUGGAGAUGAACCAGAAGUUGUUUGAUGACUGCACACAGCAGUACAAGGCAGAGAAGCAGAAAGGGCGGUUCAGGUUGAAGGAACGAGAAGAAAUGUGGCACAAGAUUGAGGAGCUAGCCCGCCAGAAUCCUCAGUACCCCAUGUUUUGCGCACCCCCACCUUUGCCUCCUGUUUAUUGCAUGGAGACGGAGACUCCGACUGCAGAGGACAUACAGCUACUGAAGAAAACGAUGGAAACAGAGGCUGUGCAGAUGCUGAAGGACAUGAAGAAGGAGAAGGUUUUGCUACGUCGGAAAUCGGAGCUUCCCCAGGAUGUCUACACCAUAAAGGCCCUGGAAGCGCACAAGAGAGCGGAAGAAUUUCUCACCUCGAGCCAGGAGGCACUCUGACGGGCUAGAGAGCCCCUGGAGGGUACACAGAAAUGCACUUUGUUCUAAUGUAUAACUAGGGAAUGAACAUGGUGAGCUGUGCCUGUCCUCCGCUCCAUUCUCAUUCUUUCAGGUUAGAUUUGGUUUUACAUUGUACCUCAUAGCCCACCACACUGUCACUUCCUCCUGCUUUAUCCUCUUAAGGCUGUGUUUUGUGUGCACAUGUGAAGGGAGCCUAGCCUCAUUCCACACACAGGGAUCCUCCCAGUUCCUGCUGCGUGUGUCUGUGUGUGUAUUUUUUUUUAAAUCUAUGCCAAUCCCAGGACCAAAGCAUUGAGAGUUCAACCACUUAUCAGCCAUACACCACACUACUGAUUAACUACAGCCUCUCAGCACUUGUUCUGUACCGUUUCCCACCACCCAGCAAAACCAUGUGGUCCUUAUAACAGAAGCUAUGCGUGAGCAUUUUCUUGGGGAUCAAGGCAGGCGUGUUCCUUGGGGACCAGGCUAGAUUUGGGAACAAUAUGCUGCCUUCUUUCCUUCCCCUCCCCACCCCCCACUUGGAAUAAAUGGCUAAUCUAUUGCAGAACUCUUGUUGUUUUGGUCAAUUAUGACUAAAGGGUAAGGAUUUGCACUGCCCCUGACCCCAAAAUUGGGGCGCAGUGGCAGCCAGAUGUAAUUCCAGGUACGUUAGUUUGGGCAAUGCUUUCAGCCCCAUGGUAGUCUUCAUCUGCCCUGAUACAGAUUAGCAGUAGAUCUAUGUGCCAAGUAGCUAAUAAUGCAGCUGCUGCAUGAAAGCCUCACUUAAUGGUCUGGUUUUCUCUCUCUCUCUCUCUCUAUCUCUGCUAGAACUGGCACGAGGGUGGAUGCUUAAGCAGAUUCUCUCACUUAGGCCAUCCUCCCUUUCAGCUGUCAGCCUCUAAGCUCUGGAGAACUCUAAAUGAAUACUUAACAGCAAAGCUUAUGGAACACUUUCGCAAACAGCUUUAAGCAUUUUGCAUACUGGGAACGAAACCCAGGGUGGGUGGGGGAACCUAACUACACGAUCCAGGAAAUGCUGGUUGCCCUUUACUAUCUAGACCAGCCGUCCCCAACUUGGGGGCCUCUGGAUGUUCUGGACUUCAAUUCCCAUCAGCCCCAGCCAGCAUGAUCAAUGGUCAGGAAUGCUGGGAGUUGUAAUUCAAAACCUCUUGGGAAGGGCUGAUCUAGGCAGCAGUAAUCCUUUGUUAUAGAUGAGGCCUCAUUCGUUCUGGUUUGUUUCAGCUGUUCAGGCCCAGGAGUGAGAGGUAGCAGAGGCUUCUUUUAGGGAGUGCACAAAUUGAGAGCAUUAAGGUGGCUUUCCUUAAGCUACAUAGUAUCCUAAGAGUAAUUGUGAGAUUUGUUUAAUGUGCUGCCAUGGCUCUCGAUCAUAGAAUGUCACAAAAGGGAAAACCCUCACGUCUAAUCAAUUCCAAUUCCUUAACCACUGUCUGCCUGUCGAUCCUCUGCUCUAGAUUUGGGAAUCCUGUCUAGGGAAACUCGUUGAGUUUCUAGCCCUCUACGGCAAGCCUAAACUCAUUUAUAUUUGGAUGAGUGGAUUAAUGGGGCAUCAGAGAAAGCAUCCUUUAGGAUCAGACUGUAAGCCUAUAUAUAACAUUCCUGUUCUUUUCCCAUCCUGCAUAACAUUCCUGCUCAUCCUUCUUUAAACCUUUGUACCAUAUAUUGCCUUGUCUACUUACCUCCCCUAACCCUGUUUUGUUCUCCUUUUUAUUCCUUCUGCACCUUGAGCAAUUUUGUCCUAAGUUCAUGCAACUUAAUUUCUUGGAUGCACCGGCAUCUCACUGAAGACGCCCUACCCCAGCUCACCUACUCAGUGACCUCUUUUAGAAGACUGAACAGUUAACCUCAGAUAGGCAGGGGUUCACCAGUUAUUCACAAAAGUUGCUUUUCUUAACCUGCAAACCAGUGUUUCACAGGAAUGUAGCUGCUCACUUGUAGCAGUGUGACAUGGCUGAUAAUUGGUUAUUAAUACAGCUAGCCCAUUCAUCCCAAGUGGGACCUGCAGAAAAAUGUUGCAGUGUGCAAUGUUGCUGUUCAGUGUCCUCCUCUGUAAGACAUUGCAUUCACUUCCUUUUUCCAUCCAGUUUCCUGCCCACCUCCCCCGUCAGUCAGCAUUAUGUGGUCACUGAGCACACCAAGUCCUCAUUAGGCUGGUUUGGGGGUUCCACCUUAAAAGGGUUUUAACCAGAUGUUUUGUACUUCUGCAAACCUUGGUUUGUUUGUGGACGGUGCCGUUUUGGCUACAUAAGGGCUGGCACUCGGAAUUGAGAUUGCUAUCUGUCUGAAUCCAGAGUGGGCAGCUUGUGGCUCUUUGGAUGUUUUGGCCUACAACUCCCCUCAUCCCUGGCUGUGUCAGAUGGGGAGUCAUAGGCAAAACAUUUGGAGGAACACAAGUUACCCACCUCUGGUAUACAUGAUGCUUAACCCUCCACUGUCUGCUGCCAAAAUGUUUUCAAUACACUGCCUAGUGUGCAGUUUCUCAAACAAUUAAGGCCCUCGCAAGGCCAGCUAAACCUCUUGAAGCAACAGAGGGGCAGUUUAAAACACCCCACAAUACUGAAGGGGGAGUUAUGUUCUAUUUUCAACAUACGCUUAUCAGUUCAGUGGCAGAAUCAAAGAGGUACCCAGGCCUCUCUAGAUGACCUGCGUAUUUGGCUACUGGUCUUCAGGUGCGGCUUAGCUGUUGGUAGGAAGAAGUUGGCUUGCAAUUCCUCUACACUGAAGUGCAAUUCAGUUUAUUUAUUUGUGUUUUCUCUCCCCAUCCCCACCCCGAGGCUGGGCUCGAGAAGAACGAGAAGGACUGUAGGAAAUCUCUUCCACUUCCAUUCCCACAUGUACGCAACACAGCACUUCUCUGCCUGUUACAGUUUUGCAUGGGCGGAGCAGGGCUGUUAAUGAGCAUCAUGUGCUGUACGGCUUAGAUGUAAAUAUAGCCUCUUGUCUAAUCUUUGUUUGGGGUCAGGGAACUUGUGUUUGGUACCUAACAUUAAAGUUUAGUUUGCUGCCAAUUCAUUCCAGUGUCCUAUGUAUCCGACGGGUGGGCGAAGCUGUGUGAGAACGGGGGUGAAAGAACUAAGCGCCCCAAGCCAAAAUGAGCACCUCAAGCACACAGUGUCCAGUCAUUCUGCCGUAAUCCAGCUCUACUUAAAACUCCCCUUAUGUUUGUCCCAGUUUCUGCUUUUCCCUUCCCUACGUUUGACGCGGACAGGGUUGGAGCUGACUCUUUUCACUUCUUACAU